CUGGAUCCUGCUCAAACAUUUGUCUUUGGCUCCAUCAUGGCGACACCUUGGCGACUGGACAUGCCUCGCCUCCGCUCGCCAUCAGAACAUUCCUACCUUCGUCGCAGCAUCAGGUUGCGGGGUAUGGUCAUUCUAAGCAGGGAAGAUUGUCGAGCCGCGGCGAGACGAAACUCGACCGCGUCGCGUCUCAACAAUAUAUCUACCUGGUACCGAGGUGCCAUGGCCCGUACAAUCCCCUCAACUACGGACCCUCUGCGUCUGGUCGCACCUUGUAACAUCACUUACCUUCCUUCUCAUUGCUCUGUGCCCUUCUCGGUUAGUGUGCCGUCUCGGUGAAACGAGGUAGUUCAUCAUGCCUUCCGGUGUUGUCCCCCAACUACCUCCACAGCUACCUCCGUUGCCCUCACAGCCGUCUCUGGCUACUCCUUCGAAUUGGAAGCUGCAUUAUCCACCCGAGGACAUCAUCAUUCCGGUCAGCUCAAGCUUCCCACCGAGCUCGUGGACUACAACCUCAGGACCUGGUCCCCUCAGGCAGACGAACUCAACGUCCCCGCGCCGGUUACCUAAUCCUUCUCAGCAACGAGUCGCAGGCGACUCGUCGUCUCUUUCCCACCCCGGCCAUGCGCUUUCCUCAUCUAAUCCGAGCUCGUCUUCCGGGCGCCUUGCGCAUUCACAUUCUCGAAGUGGUCCACGCGUACCGUUGCCCGUCCUCCCAUCUGCUUCUUCGGCAGAGCCCAUCGUGAUCUCACCGCCCACAAGGACUCACUCUCGCAGUGUUUCCAUCCCUGCCAUCAGGCCCCCGCCAACCUCGCGACCCAACCACACAGGUGAGGACCCCCACGGGAUUCCUCCACAACCACCCGCCGCCGACAACGAUGUGUCGCGUCCCCUCCACAAACCCCCCAAACACGCGCCUCCUCCGCUGCCACUUCUGGAUCAGGUGCCCGUGCGGGAGCAGUCCUUGCCACCGAGACAGACGUCGGCAAUGAUCGACGGCGCAGCACUUCCGAUUCAGACCACUUCCAUAACUCGGAGUCCUGAAACGCCACAAUCCGCGCCCCCCUUGCGGCCUCAAGUGACACGCCUCAACUCUUCGCCACGAUCGACGCCAUCUAUGGACCAGAGGCAAACCCCAUCUCCCACUGCAUCUCCCGUUCCCGUGCCCCUCCCCGCACCAUCUCGGCGAUCAGAUAGGGAGACGGGUACAGAGCAAGGUCGCGAGAAGGAGAAGUCGAGGGCGAAGCUGAAUGGAAUUAGGGAGUUUGUGGUGCUGAGUCCAGACCAGCCGUUCAUGGACGCUCGUCUGCCCAAGCGCCCGCCUACGCCUCCCAAAGCGCGCUCAACAGGACUUCCCUCUACUCCUGCUCCUAAAUCGCGCCAUGGGACGGCUCCGAGCAAUCGAACUCAUACUGCCUCCGAGCAUACGCCGGAGCCAAGACUCCAAGACGCCCCUUCCGCCCGUAGCCCGCCUCCCUCUGCGUCCACGGCUGCUGCACGAGGCCAAACGGUCGAUCUCGUGUUACGUCCCCUUCCUGGCUUGUUCACCAACAACACCAAUUCCAUAAGUCCUGCGCCGUCCCCUCAGUCUCUCGCCAACAUCACAGGGUACACGCGUAAAUGGGUGGUGGAGAAGAAUGGGAAGCGCUUGACUCAGGACACCAUGGUCGUCGCACAGCAACUGCGGAUGUUGCGGUGAACCAUUUCACCCUCAUGCGGGUUGGGUGCUAUCAUGGAUGGACGUCGAGCAUUCAGGAUCGGGCACGAUCAAUGGAGGCGUGGUCGUCAUGCAUCUUCUAUAGAGAAUGUACAUUAGCAACGACACCGCGUCUGGCUAUCGGCUUUUUCAUGGGUGCUGGGCCCGGUCAGGAUCCAGAUGCGUGAGGCUAUGAGCCUGGGCGCAAAGCGCUUCGUUCAUUAUGAUGGUAUAGAAUCACUCGAUCCGUCUCGAAGGGGAACCAUCGGUCCGCAUUGUGCUGGAACAUGGGUCUCCUUGUUUUUGCUUCACCUUCCUAAGGAAUUCGCUCACUACUAGUCGCUUCGUAUCCCUCUACAACCCUAGACCCACCGCUCCAUCUAUUUACGAUAUAAUCAGGAUGUAAGAGUACCGUCUUCUGGUAGCCGGCGUAUGGCACCGUCGUAAUAGACCCAUUCAAAGCUC